AUGGCAACCACGGCGGAAGAAAUCAGCGGGCUGCUGAGCGAAAACGAGCAGGCUCUGAUCGGGGAGCUGCAGGGAAAGUAUGACUUUAUAAAUUUCAACGAAAUGAAAAAUUACAAAGAGAAGAAAUUCCACCAUGAGUUAACACUGGAAGUGCAGAAAUUUAUAAACAAUAAAAAUGUUCAUAUGAAGGACAAGUUCAGACUUUUCUACACGUACUUGUCCCCCCUGAUGAGUAAAUUAAAAAAGACGAUAUACGCGGAGUUGCUUUACAUCGUGACGGCAAACUUUGACGCAAACUGGACAAUCAGCUAUUUGAAGGAAUCAGAAAAGCACCUGGAAAAUGACAAAGACGCCAUAAUCAUAUAUAGGUGUAUCCUCAUACUGAAGUAUAUCGAGUUGGGAGAUUUUAAAAGUUGCGAAAAUGAAAUAGAGAAUACAAAGAAUCUCCUCCAAGGGGUUAUCGGUUUAAAUGUAGUGGCACAUAAAUUCUACAACUUUGCUAUCAUGAAUUAUUACAAGGUGUUAAGUAAAUCGGAUUUGUUCGUUAAGUAUGCCUUGCUCUACUUAGCAUAUACCCCUCUGAACGAUUUAGACGAGGCAGAGAAAAUCGAUAUAGGUACCCACAUUUGCAUGCACUCGAUAAUCAGUGAAGAUGUAUACAACAUAGGGGAGAUCAUCCAGCUGCCACUCAUUAAUGUGUGCUUAAAAAAUAACGAACAGACCAACUGGCUAUAUCAGCUAAUUUACAUUUACAACGAAGGCAACAUUGAAGUCUUCAACCAAGUGGUACAAAAAUACGAGGCGAAUAUUAAAAAUUCGCUUUUAAAGGAUUAUGAAAGAAAUAUGCUUAAGAAAAUUACCCUCCUAGCGCUCAUGGAUCUAGCUUUUAAAAAAAAAAAACAAAGAUCAGACAUUUCGUUCGAAGAAAUUGCACAGCAUUGCAAAGUGGAUGUGAAUGAAGUGGAAAAAAUGCUCAUCACGGCGAAGAGCAAAAAUAUCAUUACGUGUCAAAUUGACGAAAUUCAAAAGUCAGUUAAGAUUACUUGGGUGAAGCCACGUGUGCUCAAUGAUGAAAAAAUUUUUUUCAUGAAGGAGAGCAUAGACAAGUGGAUCACGCACUCGAAGAACCUGCUCACCUACAUGGAGGACCUCUCUGUCGAGCUGUUAAUAUCGUAG